AUGUGGACUCGAGUAGCUGGCAUUGUGUGCGUUUUCGGCUUGUGUCAUGAGGACGGGUUUGCAGUCACAUUGCUCUCUGCAGAUGGGUAUACAGUUGGGUCAAGGUUGGUCCGUUGUUGGUCACCGAAGCUAUGCUCGUUCUGCCAGGUCACCCUGGACCAAUGGGACAACUCAAGCUGCUGCACUGUUCACCGGCGGCUGGCAGCAAUCCCUGCAGGCCACAUCGUGGGAGGCACGAGAGCUGAUCUUCUCGAUGCAGGGGCUGGAGCAGUUACAGCGAUGAGCUACUCCAGCCGGUGGGACUUGCUGUUCGUGGGCGGUGACAUCGGAACUCUGCAAGCCUUCAGGGGGUCAGACCUGGCAACCGUACUUGGAGGAAAUGUGGGCAGCCGUGUUACAUCAGUGACCUACGAUCAUGAUAACAGUGAGGUAAUAGCGGGCGGACUCAACGGCCGUGUCGUGUUUAUGCAGGUUUCAACUCUGCAGUCUAUCGCUGCCGUGGAUGAGAAUUCGGGAGGGAGUCAGGUGAAUUCCGUGGCCUUUGUUGCAUACUCAGAUGAUGUUUCCACCUACAGCGAAGUUGCCACCUGUAGCUUUUUCAAUUCCAACAUUCGGCUUUGGAGCAUGAGCUCCAAAACGAUCACGCGAGAGCUGGUAGGACAUAGCAACGUUGUUGUAUCGCUCAAGCCACUCGAUGGGCUUCAAAUGCUGAGCAGCGGGUCGAUCGAUGGGUUCAUGGGAAUUUGGUCAUUACCCUUAGCCAGAUUGCAAGCAGACGGGAGGAUCUGCUCAGGCAGUACGUUUGUGCCUUUGCCCACUGCUUACCUACUUGAAGAUUGCAUUGCAGCUGCCGUGCAGCAAUCAUCUCCAGGAGGAGGCAACUUUUUUGUUUAUGGGCAGGUGGGCAGCACUUCUGCCAACGAAUGUCAGAUGCUUGCAAACGUGGGUGCAUGUGAUGUAUUGAUUGCGGCACCAUACACUAUGUACCGUUUUGAGCUGCCCCUUCAGCAUCUUUUCAAGGCCCAUGAUGGUGCUAUUCGUUCGAUAGAGUCACUUCCGGAUCAAGGCGGUCUGGUGGCGAGUGCUGGAGACGACGGUGCCAUCCAUGCUUGGAGCCCAGACACGGGCCUGAAGGUGCGUGACUUUGGAUCUGGCCCAUCCGCCCUGAGCCAUGGCAUCACCUCCAUAGCUUAUUCGAAUACAAUUGGUGCCCUUGUUGCAGCCACGUUGUUUCAACUGGCCUUCUUUGACGCGUCCACUGGAGAGCUAUUGACGGUGCUGGGCCGGUCAGCGCCAUCUCCCGCGCUGGCGCUCACGAUGGAUGCGUGGAGCAUGGUCCUGUCGAGCCAAGGUACAGACAUCGAAGUUUGGCCGCAACUUACGAGAUGUCAGGACGGCUUCGCCCCAGCGUCAACAAGUCAAUGCGAUCCGUGUCCGUCUGGCCGUGCCGGUACCGGUGGAUUCUGCAAUGAGCUUUGUGGGAGCGGCAGUCAGAGUACUGGCAAAACAUGCGAGCUUUGUGGUCCAGGCCAAGCUGGCGAUGGGCAAAGUUGUUCUGAUUGUUUGCCAGGCGAGUUCCAGGACAAACGCACUCCCUUGCGUUCUGGGGUUUUGUAA